AUGUUCUCUACAGUAAUUGAUGUUUUGGAAAUCAUUUUGGAAGAUGGCUUAAGCUCAGAACAAAAAGGUGAGGCAUAUGCUUUAUUAGAAUCUUUACAAACUUUUGAGUUUACUUUUUGCCUACAUCUUAUGAAAGAUAUUCUUGGUAUCACUAAUGAACUAUCACAAGCUUUACAGAGAGGAGAACAAUAUAUUGUUAAUGCUAUGUCUUUGGUUCGUAUAUGUAAUAAAAGACCGCAGGAUAUGAGAGAUAACAAGUGGACUGACUUCAUCAGUAAUGUGACCACAUUCUGUCACCAACAAAAAAUCAUUGUUCCACAUAUGGAUGACAAGUGGGUUGCUCGUGGUCGGUCACGCCGUAGAGCUCAAGAUAUAAUAAAUUUAUAUCAUUUUCGUGUUGAAAUUUUUUACACAGUGCUUGGUAUACAGCUUCAGAAGUUGAACAAUCGAUUUUCAGAAGCAAAUACCGAAUUGUUAUUGUGCAUUGCAUGUUUGAAUCCUAAUGAUGGAUUUCAUGCAUUCAACAAAGACAAGUGGGUUGCUCGUGGUCGGUCACGCCGUAGAGCUCAAGAUAUAACAAAUUUAUAUCAUUUCCGUGUUGAAAUUUUUUACACAGUACUUGAUAUGCAGCUUCAGGAGUUGAACAAUCGAUUUAUAGAAGCAAAUACCAUACUGCUAUUGUGCAUUGCAUGUUUGAAUCCUAGUGAUGGAUUUCAUGCAUUCAACAAAGAUAAGUUGAUUCAAAUGACACAGCUUUAUCCAACUGAUUUUAGUCUUGUUGAUCGGGCGGUUCUUGAAAAUCAAUUGGAUACUUAUAUCAUGGAUAUGCGAUCUGAUGAUCAGUUCACCUCAUUAAAAGAUAUUGGAAGUCUUGCUGAAAAAAUGAUCUAA